AUGGGACACAUCAAAGAGUUUGCUGUGGAAAAGUGGAUGGACGAGCAUGAAACAUGGGCAACUCACAAUCUCGCUGAGACUUGCUGUGCUUCCGUCUCACUCAACGAUAUUCUGGCCCUCGCGGGGAACAAGGACAGAGCUAGCCUUAUCGACUUCUCCCAGAAGCAAACCUAUGGGGCAAUCCGGGGCAGUGAUGCCUUGCGCUCAAACAUCGCCAACCUCUACCGCGACGAGGAAUCCGAGCCAUUAUCAAAAGACAACAUCCUUGUCACCAAUGGCGCUAUCCAGGCCAACUUUCUAGCUCUAUAUACCAAUGUUGCUCGGGGUGACCAUGUCAUCUGCCACUAUCCCACCUACCAGCAGCUCUACUCCGUUCCCGAGUCCUUCGGCGCUGAGGUCAGCCUUUGGAGGGCAGACGAGCAGAACGGAUGGCGGGUCAACUUGGACGAUCUGAGAUCACUGAUCAGACCAAAUACCAAGGUCAUCAUCAUUAACAACCCUCAGAACCCGACCGGAGCUGUUCUGAGCCGCGAUGUGCUGGAGGAGAUUGUAGAUAUUGCGCGCCAGCAUGGCAUCAUCAUUCAUAGUGAUGAGGUGUACCGGCCGCUGUUCCACUCCCUGCAGGACGGGCAGGAAGAGCCGCCUUCCAUUCUCUCCUUCAAUUAUGAGAAGACCGUUGCCACUAGCUCAAUGAGCAAGGCUUUCAGUUUGGCCGGGAUUAGACUGGGCUGGAUUGCGUCCAGAAGCCGGAAAAUCAUAGAGCAGUGCGCGACAGCCCGCGACUACACUUUGAUUUCGGUCAGCCAGAUCGAUGACCAGAUUGCUGCAUGCGCAUUGUCAGAGCCCACUGUGAGUGAUAUUGUCAAGCGUAACCUCGACCUGGCAAGAGGCAAUCUAGAUCUCCUCGAUGGCUUCAUCAAGGAAUUCGCCUGGGCUGCGCGAUGGGUCCGACCACAUGCGGGCACCACAGCGUUCAUCAAGUUCGUGAAUAAGGACAACCUUGCAACUGAUGAUGUGGAGUUCUGCAAGCGUUUGCAAGAGGAGUGUGGAGUGAUGUUCGUGCCAGGCAGCAGGUGCUUCGGAGAAGACACAAACUUUAAGGGCUAUGCCCGCAUUGGCUAUGUGUGUGAGCGUCAGGUUUUGAUUGACGGUCUGGGAGCGUUGCGGAAAUUCAUGGCUGACGCCUAUCACUCUCUGCCAGUGGCCGUUUGA